AGGUGGCGGCUCUAAAUUUAAUUAACAACUUCAACAUUUAGAAACAAAAAAAUUUUAAAAAUGGGCAGAAGAGGCUCUUCUAGUUCUUCUUCUUCACUUGAAAGCACCAAUUACCACCACAACACUGAUCUCCGGCUUGGACUUAGCAUCCCAUCGUCCGAUAAUUCCAUUCCGAGUGAGUCAAAUUGGCCAGUUCUGAAGAAGGCAUUAGCAGCAGAAGAUGAAUGCAUGAAUAAUGCAACUUUUUAUGUUAAAGUUUACAUGGAAGGCAUUCCAAUUGGCAGAAAACUUGACUUAUUAGCCCACUAUGGCUACCAUGAUUUGAUCUCGACCCUUGAUCAUAUGUUCAACACUAAUAUUAUCUGGGCUGAAAUGGAAUGUGAAAACUUUGACCAAUGCCAUGUGUUAACUUAUGAAGACAAAGAAGGGGAUUGGUUGAUUGUUGGAGAUGUUCCAUGGGAGAUGUUCUUAUCUUCUGUCAAAAGAUUGAAGAUCACAAGGGCAGAAAUUUAGGGCAGUGUUGCAAGCUUUGUUUCUCAACCUGGAUCCAAUAGAAAUAUCAAAUAUGUAAAGUAUGGUAGAGAAAAUAUGUUUGAGAAUGAUAGUUAUGUACAUUCCUUUUACAGAUCAAAUAGAAGAAUUUUGUUGUUGUUUAA